AGGUUUGGCUCUUCUCGCGUGCCGUAGCCGCUUUUUCUCUUUCUCCCUCUGCCUGGGCGGGAGUUCCGAACCGCCGCUGGAGAUCGGAGGCGGACCCCGCGGCCCAGGGAUGCCUGAAAGCCAAGGGAAAGAUAGUGGAAGCUCCAGCAGCAGCUCCAGCACAAGCAACUCGGUUGCUCACUUCGGACAGUAUCAAUACACAGCAAGUGAAUAUCAAGCUAUCCAGCAUGCUCUCCGUCAGAGACUGGGUCCAGAAUAUAUCAGCAGUCGGCAAGCCGGAGGAGGACAAAAGGUCUGUUACAUUGAGGGUCACAAGGUAAUCAGUCUGGCCAAUGAGAUGUUUGGCUUCAAUGGCUGGGCUCAUUCAGUCACUCAGCAGAAUGUUGACUUUGUUGACCUCAACAAUGGCAGGUUCUAUGUGGGGGUUUGUGCAUUUGUGAAAGUUCAGCUUAAGGAUGGGUCAUACCAUGAAGACGUGGGGUAUGGAGUCAGUGAAGGCCUGAAGUCUAAGGCCUUGUCCCUAGAAAAGGCGAGAAAGGAGGCAGUAACAGAUGGACUGAAGAGGGCCCUCAAGUGCUUUGGGAAUGCUCUUGGGAACUGCAUCCUGGACAAAGACUACCUGCGAGCCGUCAAUAAGCUUCCCCGGCAGGCGCCCCCUGAGCUAGAUUUGGUCAAAGCUAAAAGACAAGACUAUGAGCCUGAAAUAGAGAAAGCAAGAUACAAGAGCUGUUUGGAAAGGCAGAACAUGGGAGAGAGACAACAUUGUGAGAUAGCAUCUAAUCAUCAGCCUGCUCAGACAGAGGCUGCUGUGCUGGUGGCAGACCAGGAACAGCCACAUGCUUCCAGGGACAGAAAUCCAGACACCUCAGCUGCCGAGUGGGAUGCCACUUACCAGCGGAAACUACGACAAAAGCAGCUGCAGCAGCAGUUCCGGGAACAGAUGGGGAAAAAGCCUCAGGUUCCAGUAGUUACUCCCAGCAGCGACCACGCACCAUCUGACCCUCCUGUAAAGCACAGCACUCCCGCAGCAGUACAACAGGAGGUGGCAAUAGAAGAGGAGUUCUUUGCAGAUGAUCCUGAACUUUGGGACAUUUCUUUGGAGACCAUUGAUCUUAAGAUAACAGGUCAGGAGAUGGCACAUCCAUCAGCUGGCCAGCAGACACCUCAAAGACCCUAUGGAUGUCAUCAAAUAACCACUCAUAACAGGACACCUCACAGAACAAGUUACCACAAAGUUUCUGCUGGACUUGCACAACUUCAGCCAUCUGCCACAAUCACCAGCAAGAGCAGCUGUGCCAACCAGCACACCCCAGAGCACAGCCCUCACAGGAGAAGUCAAAGCCUGAAGAAAAGGAGGCUGCAACAUACAUAGGGCACCUGCGGGCAUCAUCACCUCUCCACUGCACUGCACCAGAGGACUGCAGCUGGCUAGGAAACUGUGAGCAAGUCUGCAUUACUGCAUUUGCCUCUAUAGGAUGGUGAAGCAACAGAGUUUAAAAUACAUCCAGCAAGAACUUCCUGUGCUUCUAAGUUAUGACAUGUUUCAGAUGCCUUUUUCUAUAACCAAGCAAUCCUUUGUGCCUCUGCAGCGCCGGCCCUGUGGCUGCAUUACAAGCUGCUGUUGCACGUAAUGAAAUGGUAACAGAGCUAUCUUUAAAGUGAGAUGCAAUUCAUAGCUCCUUUCUCCCUCAGCACAGAGAAAAGAGACUUUUUAGUCAAAUGGGGAGAGAGGGUGUGUUAUGGCCAGACAAGCAAAGCUGACCAGCUGAGGUUGCCCCUUGGGUGAGGCCGAGCCCAGCCCUUUGCCUGCUACUCAGCCCUUGGGGAUUCCCCUGGCACAGGGUUUGCUUGGACCCUUUGUUAAAGGAACAGGGCCUGCACUUUUGUUUUUAAAUAAGCUUUCAACUUUUUUUAAUGUCACAAUAAAUAAGAAAUUAGCUGUCUGUGCCUCUAUACCUUUCAAACCAUUACAACUCAUUUCUUGUUUAACAAGCUCACAGAAGCCAACACACACUGACUAGUUAAGAGUACAUCUGUACAGCCCUGUACUCGCUGCAAGAUGGACAACAAACAGCUUCAAGGGGGUUUUAAAAGUUAGAGCAAAGCAACAGCUCUUCUUCUAGUAAGAAGGUCAAAGAAAGGAUUUUAAAGCAGCAUUUCAAACUGGACAGAGUAGCAUUUUUCAGAAGUACAGUGCUGGAGACAGUGAGGAUGAUCCUCCAAGACUAGAAGUUAGAGCUGGACCAGGAAAAUUUACCCAAACUGAUGAGUGCAACCCUGAAAUUGGUAUCAAGACACGAAACAGGACCUUGUUCCUCUGCUUUGCCAUCACUGUUCUGUGUGGACAAUUCUCUUAAAGCUGUCUAAAUGUAAAUACAUUUGAAGUACUCAGCAUUUAUUCCUGUUCCUCCUACUUAAGCUUCACCACUUCACUGUUCUUGUUCCUUAAAAGGUCCCUCUACCAUCCACAUGCCUCCUCAGCAGGAUGAAGAACAAGGAUUGACAUCAGCAGGGAAAAACAGGACAAGUGAACUGCAACAGAAUACACCUAGAAAACAGUGUCACCUUUCACCAUACUCAUUUCUCUCCAGUUUAGCAGCUCAGGGAAGCAACGCAUAGCACAGCUUUGAGUCACACACUCACUGCUGACAUCAGACACCUGUUAGGAAGGGAAUGUGCAGAUAUUCAGAAUCACUGUGUUCAGCACCACUCAAAACUUGUACAAGAAGAAGCCUGGAGUCUGUGCCACAGUACCAUGUCAUGUGGCACAAAGACAGCCCUUGUGCCUCCCAGAGCCCUCAGCACCUCGUGUUGCUCAGGACUGUCCUUUGGAAAGGGCAGUAAAACAGACUUGGAGCUGCUUUUUUUCCCCCCCUCCUUCCUUUAAGGCCUGGUGCAGCAUGACUCAGACCAGAAGCUGUUCUUAAAAUGGAAAGAAAUGCAGCAGCAAUUAGUGUUUAGAAAUACCAAGUAAUUCCCACAAGUCCCCAGCUGUUGGAGAAUGACCCUAUAAAGUAGUCCCACUCUGACUCUACAAGCACUAGCUGUAAUAAGAAUUCCAUCCCUUAAUUUGCAUCAACAUUAAAAAGUUUCUCCCUCUUCAGCAGGGCAGGUGCCCUCCCCUGUUCCCUUCCACCCAGAGAGGAGGGCAGGGGACACAGCAGAAGAGCAGCUUCCCCAGCCCUUGCAGCACACCCCGCUCCAGCAUGACAGCCAGGAGGAGGCACCCAAUCACUGUCACAGCAGAGUGCAUUUCUCUGCUCUUUGGAAACUUCCUGACAGUCUCAUCCAUAAAAGCAAUUCUUCCUCCUCUGAUCCUUCCUCUGCUACCCGACCCUUCACAGCUUCUCCUUCCCCUUCCCUCAGGCCCUUCCUCUCUUCAAGAAGACCCAUUCUAUGAAUUCUUCUGCAUAGCUCCUCAUUCCAGAGUAUCCUGUUUCAAAGGCCUAAGGGUUCAUUACCCAUCAUUGCUUUUGAGAAGUUAAGGGUGUCAUUACAAAGGGGUUUUUUGUACUUCCCUUCAAUCAAGCGAUAAACUGGGGAACAUUUACAUCACUCCAGAAAGGGUGAAAGAGAGGCUGGUACCUGCUGUUGGACAAGAAAACCCACAGCUCAACAAAAGCAGGUUUGGUUUAUUUGAAUGACUUCAUUAAAUAUUCUACAAAGGUAACAACUGGCAGCACAAAGCUGAGUCGUGCAGGGAGCGCAGCGCCUGGGUUUAGUGCAAAACACAACUAACUACGGCCAGGGAAGCCCAAAGUUUCAGUUCAUUUUAUUUUUUUUAUUGUUUUUUUUUUUUACAGUGUACAUUGUUAAAUAAUGUAAAGAAAAACGCUUGUAAUUCAGAAACAGAUUUUAUGUGGAAAAAAGAUACUCAAAGUGUAAUAUUAAACAAAAUAAUUUAACAGUU